GGGGGGCGAAGAAGGCGCCCGAGACCGGGCCGAGUGCAGCUGCCGUGGUCGCCGCCUUUUUAGCUCCCCUGGCAUCGGUUCCUCGGCCCGAGCCACAGCGGAGGUGACCAGUGGAGGGAAGACCUGCGCGGAGAGACCGCAGAUGCUUGGAGCCUUCGCAGCGCGCAGCUACCCGCCGCCCGCCUACUCCUGCUCGGGCACUUGGUGCUUGGGCUCCGGGAAUCCCAGCUCCCCGCCGCCGCCGCCUCUGUCGCCGGGCUGCGGGUGUGGGGGUUGCUGGGGCUGAGCCGGGCCUCCGCGCCGGCUCGGAGGACGGACGCCUGAGGAGGUGCGCGCCGCCGGCUCGCCGGGGACGCCCACAGGCGCGGGGGCUCGGCGGCUUGACCCGGGGCUCGCCCCGAACGGCCCCGGAGGCCCCUCACUGGUGUCCCAAAGGCCCCUCAGCAGUGUUCCGAGCGGCCCACUGAGAGCCCCGCGCCACCCUCCCUCCUCCGUCGCGGGGGCUCAGACAGACCCUCGGCGCCUCGCCGCCACCGCCUCCCAGUGUCCGGGCCGCGUUCGGCGGGCCCUUGAGCCGCAGCCAUGGGGUGCUGGGGUCGGAACCGGGGCCGGCUGCUAUGCAUGCUGAUGCUGACCUUCAUGUUCAUGGUGCUGGAGGUGGUGGUGAGUCGGGUGACCUCGUCGCUGGCGAUGCUCUCCGAUUCCUUCCACAUGCUGUCGGACGUGUUGGCGCUGGUGGUGGCGCUGGUGGCCGAGCGCUUCGCCCGGCGGACCCACGCCACCCAGAAGAAUACGUUCGGCUGGAUCCGGGCCGAAGUGAUGGGGGCUCUGGUGAACGCCAUCUUCCUGACCGGCCUCUGUUUCGCUAUCCUGCUGGAGGCCAUCGAGCGCUUCAUCGAACCGCAUGAGAUGCAGCAGCCGCUGGUGGUCCUUGGGGUCGGCGUGGCGGGGCUGGUGGUCAACGUGCUGGGGCUCUGCCUCUUCCACCAUCACAGCGGCUUCGGCAACGACUCCGGCCACGGCCACUCGCACGGGGGUCACGGCCACAGCCACGGUUUCCCUAAGGGGGUCCGCAGCAAGAGCAGCCGCUCCGGGGACAGCGACAGCAGCGUGAGCCCGGGCGAGCAGAGACCUGACCAGGAGGAGACCAAUACCCUGGUGACCAAUAGUAGCAACUCCAACGGGCUGAAAAUGGACGGGACAGAUCCAGAAAAGUCCAGAAAAGAUGUAACGGAUGUACAGUUAAAUGGGAAUCUUAUCAGAGAAAUUGACCAAAUGGAAUUGGAAGAUGAUAAGGAUAAGGCUGCACAACUUAACAUGCGUGGAGUUUUUCUGCAUGUCUUUGGAGAUGCUUUGGGUUCAGUGAUUGUAGUCGUAAAUGCCUUGGUCUUUUACUUUUCUUGGAGAGGUUGUCCUGAAGGGGAGUUCUGCUUGAACCCAUGUACCCCUGACCCCUGCAAAGCACUUGUAGAAAUGAUGAAUAGUACUCAUGCAACAGUUUAUGAAGCUGGUCCUUGCUGGGUACUAUAUUUAGAUCCCACUCUUUGUAUUGUAAUGGUUUGUAUACUUCUUUACACAACUUACCCAUUACUUAAGGAAUCUGCUCUUAUUCUUCUACAAACUGUUCCUAAACAAAUUGAUAUCAGACAUUUGAUAAAAGAACUUCGAAAUGUUGAAGGAGUUAAGGAAGUUCAUGAAUUACAUGUUUGGCAACUUGCUGGAAGCAGAAUCAUUGCCACUGCUCACAUAAAAUGUGAAGACCCAACAUCAUACAUGGAGGUGGCUAAAAUCAUUAAAGACGUUUUUCAUGAUCACGGAAUUCACGCUACCACCAUUCAGCCUGAAUUUGCUAGUGUAGGCUCUAAAUCAAGUGUAGUUCCGUGCGAGCUUGCCUGCAGAACUCAGUGUGCUUUGAAGCAAUGCUGUGGGACACGGCCACAAGCCCAUUCUGGAAAGGAUGCAGAAAAGGCCCCGACAGUUAGCAUUUCUUGUUUAGAACUUAGUGAGAAUCUAGAGAAGCCCAGGCGGACUAAAGCGGAAAACGUCCCUGCUGUUGUGCUUGAGUUUAAAAACACGCCAAACAAACAACCUGAAUCAUCUUUGUGAGUCUUGGAAAAAGGUGUGAUAUUUGACUUUCGCUUUAAACUGCAAGAGGAAAAAGACUCCAUUGAAAUUCUAAGUUUGCCAAGUAGUGUAAUUGAAGUCCUUGUCUGGUCACACAGUUUAAUUCUAUUUUUGUAAGAACAUAAUGGGACUGCUUAACAGAGUUCUAUAUUACGAGUUUGUAAUUCUUAGUGCAGAGUACAGCUAUGCUGUACAAUUUUGGGAAGCCAGUUUUAACACUAUGUUACAUUUUUGUUUAAAAUAAGUAUAAACCUUAUAUAACAUAAUGACAUUUGAUUUCCAGUUUUUCCAUGGUGAAAAAUUAAUUAGGGGGAUAAAUAAAUUAAAAUUGUUACUGGAAUUUCUCUGCUUUUCUUUUCCCCCAGUGUU